GCGCGGCAGGCUCCUCCUGGUUGGUCGGACACGACGUGCUUGCGUCACGGUGCGUGAGGUGGGAGAGCGCCGGCCGGAGUGUGUGCGGAGGAAGCAGCGGUUGAAGCGAGGAGGCACCAUGAGCAAAGCGCACCCGCCGGAGCUGAAGAAGUUCAUGGACAAGAAGCUGUCAUUGAAAUUAAAUGGCGGCCGUCACGUCCAGGGGAUACUGAGAGGAUUUGAUCCCUUCAUGAACCUCGUCAUAGAUGAGUGUGUGGAAAUGGCCCCAGGUGGACAACAGAACAACAUUGGGAUGGUGGUAAUACGAGGAAACAGUAUUAUUAUGCUAGAAGCUUUGGAACGAGUGUGAAUGAGCCACUGGACCCUACUACAGCCUGGAUACCUUUUUUAUCAUUAUUGUCUGUUUUUCAAGAAGUAACCAUUCCUUGUGUAGUUUUUUUAUUAAAUAAAUUGUUAAAACUGGA